CCGGGGUAAGCCGCAUUAAGAAGACGACGACGACGUUCCUUAUUUGAUGAUAAAAUUUUCAAGUGCCUUACUUUACACGUCAACCUGGCGAACCGAAGCAACCCAGCCACCAUGAACCUUCAACAAGGUCCCAUGGACAUUGUGCAAGACUUGCCACAAACGGAAUACUCGAUGGGAACGCGAUUCAUCGGUGACCGCACGCCCAGCAGCGACGAAUACGAGGGUAGUACGAGAGGCCCAUGCAGUGUUUUCUGCAUGGGUGGCACCAUGGGAGCUGUGUUCUUCGUUGCCGCGGGAAUCACACUUGCCUUCCUGAUCAUUAGGAACUUUGGUGGACCAAUAACGACUGAGUCCAGCGAUGGGCCUGACGAUUAUAACAUGACAAACAACUCAAAUAUGGCUCGCGGCCAUGUCCACGAUAUUUUAGGGCCAUUCGACGAGAGCGAGCUGAACGCUUUUUUCUAUGAAGAGAACGCAACGCUUGGAAAGAGCGUAGGCGAAGUAAGCGCAACGGUACUUGCGGCCCGUGCCAACAAGCAACAGCAGCCUACGGUGCGAACGCCGCCUGCCACCGUUGUUCUGCAUGAAGAGAGACCGAGCAAGCAACAGCGGCCACGAAGCCUGGCAGGAUAG